AAAAAAAAAGACAACACCAGAAAAAUUAGUAUUUUCUAUCCUCAGAAAUUAAUGGCCAUGAGUUCGUUUAUGGUAAACUCUAAGUAUGUGGAUCCUAAAUUUCCUCCUUGCGAGGAAUAUGUGCAGAACAGCUUCCUAGCAGAGCAAGGCUCUGAUUUCUACAGCCACUCGCAGGGCUCUGAUUAUCAGCACCAGGCAAUCUUCUCCCGGCCAAACUACAGCGAGGAGCCCUUCAGCUGUAGCCAUGCACCGGGCUCUACAUUGCAGCCUCGGGGUCCUGGGCAGGAUCAGACUCAGUUCCCUGCUCCUGAUGAUCCCUGCCCAGCACCAGCCCCGAUCUCCAGACCCUGCAGCCAGCAGCAGCCGCAGCAGCACCCCAAAAAUGGGAGUUUAUCUAAGCCACCAGCAAUAGUGUACCCUUGGAUGAAAAAAGUCCAUGUGAACUCAGUCAAUCCAAAUUACACCGGAGGGGAACCUAAGCGGUCCAGGACUGCUUAUACCAGGCAGCAAGUUCUGGAACUGGAAAAAGAAUUUCAUUUUAACAGGUACCUGACAAGACGUCGCAGGAUAGAAAUCGCACACACUUUGUGCCUCUCUGAGCGCCAGAUAAAAAUCUGGUUCCAGAACAGGAGGAUGAAGUGGAAGAAAGACCACAAACUGCCUAAUACAAAAGGGAGAUCUUCAUCUGGUUCUUCUCAACACAUACAAACUGUUACCAAGGAACACCAGACUGACCUGACUGCUUUAUAGGGAAAUGCAUUUUUAUUUUAUUUUUCUAUCCUUCCCUUUUUGAGCUGUAAUCGCAUAAAAUGUUCACAGAACUAAAUAUAUGCAUCAGUUCACAGCUCCGGGACAUCAUUCCAUAGGACUAUAUCCCAGGGUGGCACAGGCUUACAAUAAUUCCAUUUUAGGGGAGAAAAAAAAACAACAUAUCAAGAAUUCGUCUGACUGUCUCCUCAAUAGAACAUUUUGGACACAAUGACUGUGAUCAUAUAUAUUUUUUCCACACCAGGAAGCUAUCACAAAUCACAAAGAGAUCUGUGGAAAUAUGUCCUAGGUAACUCUAAAUCUGUAUGUAUGUUCUAUUAUAAUGUACAGGGCAGCAUUGGGUUAACAAGGAAAUUAGAGAGCAAGUUAGAGGCUCCUUAAAUCAUAAAUGUGGGGACCAUAUGGACAACCUCUGCCAUUAUUUCGUUGUUUUUCUUUGUUACUGCCAGUAUUAAUCACACUAUACCAAAAUAGGAAAAGAAAAAAAGGUCAUUAAAUAAACGGGUUAUUUUAUGUGUAAAGUGUAUUCACGUAUUUAUUUAAAAUGAAAUUAUCUAAAAAGCAUACAAAACAAAUAAAAACUAAGUAGAAAUGACCUAAAUAAUAUCCCAUGCCAAAAAAAAAAAAAGAACAGAAAUUAUAACUGUUCUGAGUCUAUGUUACCAGUAUGGAUGGAGAAUGCUGGCUCUGGAAUUGUAAGAGUACAUAUUUAUGGAUGAAUUUAGAGUUAGAUACCUGAAUAUGGUUAUUAAAUAGUUUGUUUUCUGUCUGUUCUCAAAUUUUGUAGCAAAUGUCCGUUUGAGUUUUAAGGAGGGAUUGUCAAUGUGAUAUUUUUAUGAGAAAAUACACAAGGAAAGAGUUCAGAGACACGAGAUGUACAUUUAAAUGUAACAUAUUUCUUAUUUUAUUUUU